GAUCACAGAAAGAGCUAGGCUUAGAGGAGCUACUCAACAAGGAAAACAGCAGCUCUGCGAAAACCACUUUUACCAAUCCGCAUCCAACAUCAACCAGGGGACUUACGGGCGACGUUAAACCGGUCAUCUUUUUCACAUAAAUGUUGCUAUGGAUUACUAAUACACUUUCGUCGAAAAACAGACGGAUUUCUCAACUUGACAGCAUAGCCUCGGAUUCCACACACUGGUCUCCAAGAGGACUCAUAGAGAGAUGAAGACUCUGGAGGAGCCCCCCUACCUGACAGUAGGGACGGACGUGAGUGCCAAGUACAGAGGGGCUUUCUGUGAAGCCAAGAUUAAGACCGCCAAGAGGCUUGUCAAGGCCAAGGUGACCUUUAAAUCAGAUCUGUCCACGGCUGAAGUUCACGACGAAAACAUCAAAGGACCUCUGAAGGUGGGGGCCGUGGUGGAGGUGAAGAAUCCAGACGGAGUUCACCAAGAGGCCACGAUUAACAAGCUGACCGAUGCUAGUAUUUAUACAGUUGUUUUUGACGACGGAGAUGAGAAGACCCUGAGGCGUUCCUCUCUCUGCCUGAAAGGAGCGCGGCACUUUGCAGAAAGCGAGACUCUGGACAGGCUCCCUCUCACCAACCCCGAGCACUUCGGCACACCCGUCAUCGGAAAGAAAGGCAACCGUGGUCGACGGUCGAAUCCAAUUCAGGAGGAGGAGUUGUCUUCAUCCUCCAGUGAAGAGGAGGAGAGCGAUCAGCGGCUGAACGAAGAUCUGUUCGGCAAGGUGGUCUGCGUGGAGGGGGUUGCCACCAGCGACAGAAAGAAGACGACAUGGUACCCUGCUCUGGUCAUCUCCCCAGACUGCCACGAAGACGUGACUGUGAAGAAGGACAACAUCUUCGUCCGCUCCUUCAAAGAUGGAAAAUUCUGCAUGGUGCUCCGGAAGGACGUCCGUGAGAUGAAAGGUGAUGGUCCUCCUAAAGCCGAUGCGGUCCUGAAACCAGCGCUUGAUGCGGCCGUGGAGUUCCAGCAGAAUCAGGUGGUGCCCAGCUCCUGGAAGACGGAGGUGAAAGAGGAAAGCUCCAGCAGCGAGGAUGAAGAUGAAGAUGAGGAAGAGGAGCAGGAAGAAGAUACAAGUCGGGAAGAGGAGGAGGAGGAGGUGGAGCCAUUCCCGGAGGAGAGGGAGAACUUUCUCCAGCAGCUCUACAAGUUCAUGGAGGACAGAGGAACGCCCAUCAACAAGCGGCCCGUUCUCGGCUACAGGAACCUGAACUUGUUCAAACUCUACCGGCUGGUUCACAGAUUGGGAGGCUUCGACAACAUUGAAAGUGGCGCCGUUUGGAAGCAGGUCUACCAGGAUCUGGGCAUCCCCAUACUCAACUCAGCCGCCGGCUACAAUGUCAAAUGCGCUUACCGCAAGUAUUUGUAUGGGUUUGAGGAUUACUGCACCUCCACUGCCAUCACGUUCAAGAUGGACCUGCCUUUGAAGCAGGGAACCAAGGGGGAGGCGAAAUGUGAGGGAGAGGGAGCAGGAACAGCUCCCCUCUGCUCCAUCCCUGAAGAGCAACAAGCCCAGGAGGAUGGAGAUGUUUGCAUCACACCUUCCGUUGUCUGCGAGGAAGAAAAACCUGAAAAAAUGGAGCCUGAACUAUCAAAAACAGAAGAAAGGGACGACGACGACCAAGAAGAAGAUCUUUUGAAAGGAGACGCAGACGAGGGCUCGUCCACCUCGCGCCUCGGGAACGUUGACGUGAAACAGGAGGGAGAGGACGAGCAGGAGAACAAGGACACCUCCGGGGAUGACAGCAGUCAGGAGGGGGAGGAAGGGGAGGAGUUUGAGUGUUACCCCCCGGGGAUGAAGGUGCAGGUGAGGUAUGGGCGAGGCCGCAAUCUGAAGACGUACGAGGCCACUGUGAAAGAGGCAGACGUGGAGGGGGGAGAGGUGCUCUACCUGGUGCACUACUGUGGCUGGAACGUCAGAUAUGACGAGUGGAUCAAAGCUGACAGGAUCGUUCGCCCCGCCAAUAAGAACGUACCAAAAAUAAAGCACCGCAAAAAGAUAAAGAACAAAGCCGAGAGGGACCGGUUGGACAGACUCGGCGACAGAGACGUCCUCGGCCCGUCCUCUGACCGAGUCCCACGCUCCAAAUGUGGCCUGAGUCAGGACGUCUUCUCAAAGACGGACCAGGGUGAGGACAAAAGGACUCAGCAGUCUCCAGUCAAGUCUAUAGAAAUUACUUCUAUCCUCAAUGGCCUGCAAGCCACCGAUGGGACCACGGAUGAGAGUGAGCACGAGGAAGAGGAGAGAGAGAAUAAUGAAGAGGACCAGCCGAGCGUCCACAGCGACAUCAAAAAGGUCCCACUGGAGCCGCCCUCGAUGGAGCCCUGGGAAGCCUUGGCAGAAAGGGCCAAGAUGUCCUCGGUCUCAGCAAAGUGCCAGGAUGUUGGUGCAGAAGCUACGGAGGUGUUGAAGCGCAGGGGGCCGGCAGACGUGGAGGGAGAGGUCAGCACCAGGAAGAGGAAGUCCGAUUUUGCAGCUGAGAGGAUCCCAAAAGCUCUGUCCAAAGCCAAGACCAGGAUGACCAGGAGUGCAGACUGGUUACCAGGGGCUGCUCCCAGGAAGCUGGAGGAGAGGGGAGCUGCUCCUGAAGGGGAGAGGGGGGGUCCGUCCAGCAGCAGCUCAGAUGAUGAGAGUGCAACGCUGCCAGAGUCGCAGGUGGAGGAAAAUGAGCGGAGCCGCCCAAAAACCAAAGGUUCCCCUUCUAAGAAGUACAACGGGAUGAAGGAGAAAUCUGGAAGGCAAGCUGGAUUUUGGGAGAUUCCUGAAAAGAGGGCCAAAGUGUCUGGGAACGCAGAGGAACGAGCUUCUGUUCGCCCUAAAGGACAAAAGGAUGUGUGGUCCAGUAUCCAGGCCCAGUGGCCCAAAAAGACUCUCAAAGAGUUGUUCUCUGACUCGGACACAGAAGCUGCCAACUCUCCACCCCCACCAGUGCCGCCAUGUCUAGAGGAGCCAGAUGAUGAACAGGACGCUAGACCUGAGGACGAAGCUUCAGAGGAGCACACGGACAACGAUAAGCUCCAGGAAUUCCCAAGCAGUGGAAGUAACUCUGUGCUCAACACUCCACCGACAACGCCAGAGUCUCCGUCGGGAGGAGGCAGCGUGGUGGAGGACUCCGGUCCUACCCAGCCACCUUCCCCGCCUCCAGCCACGCCCCCCGCCUUGCCUGCAGAGCCGGUUUCUGACAGCCUGCCUCCGGGUCCCAUUCAGGAGGAAGGCGGACGCAGCGAAACGGACAGCAGCACUGUGGAAGUGGAGAGUCUGGGUGGAGAGCUGCAGGAGCUCCCGCAGGACGAGGGGGCGGGUUCCCUCUCUAAGGUUUACGACGUCAGCCUGUCCUGCAACAGCAGCAGCAGCUGCAGCUUAGAGCUGAGCAGCAGCAGCCAACAGGACAGCGAGCAGAAGUCCAAAGCGUCUGCGAGUCAGAAGCGGCAGAAGGAAUUACAGGCCGGCGGAGCCUCGAAGAAACACAAGCCAAACCGCAAGAGCCUCGGAGUGCCUCCCAAAAAGAAUAGGAAAGCAGCCAACAGCAGUGACAGUGAGGACCAGUCUGUGGUUGAGGGCGCCGCCAAGUCGGCCGCCUCUAAGAACAACGCAUCAGAUCUGAAGGCUGCCACGUCGCCUAAGUGUCAUGGCCGAUCUCCUCCCUCCAGCCAUAAGUACCACAAGCACUGUGACACGGAUCACAGCCACCACAGGGACAGUCAUGGACGAUCGCCACGCGUGUACAAGUGGAGUUUCCAGAUGUCUGAUCUUGAGAAGAUGAACAGUCUGGAGAGGAUUUCAUUUCUUCAGGAGAAACUGCAGGACAUCAGGAAUCACUACCUCUCCCUCAAGUCUGAGGUGGCCUCCAUCGACAGGCGGCGAAAACGCAUGAAGAAGAAGGAGCGUGAAAGCACAGUGGCAGCCUCGUCCUCCUCCUCGUCCUCGUCUCCGUCCUCGAGCUCGCUAACAGCAGCAGUCAUGCUGACGCUCGCCAACCCCCCGGUAUCGUCCUCAUCCUCCUCGUCUCAGAACUCCGGGGUGUCCGUAGAGUGCAGGUGACACGACGGCGCCGUGCGGAGCAACCGCACCGAGCACUUAACCGGCGCCCUGAGGUCUGCGGGUCACCGGCUUCAUUCCCUUUCAGCUGGACGGACAGACGAGCCCGCCCACAUACUGUAACUGCUGGGGCACAAAAGCCAGACGAGAGACUGUAACACCAAAUCAAGCACUAUUUUCUACUGACAACUGUUUCCUUGGCAAGCUAUCGGCACUAAAGUGCACUUUUACAAAGGGUGUGAAGUUUGUCACAAAACAAAGACAAAAUUCUCCAGAUUUUUAUUUUUUUUUUUGCUCUUCUUAAUCGAACAUUUCCAAGCGUCGUUUUUGCGAGCAAUAACCAUUUCCGAUUGAUGAAGUCGUACCGGUAAGGACCCCCUUCUGUUUACCUGUUCUCCAGCUCAGCGUGGCUCAGUCUUGCCGUGUUACCGUGGGAAUGUCCGAGGAGCGCCGCCUCGAUGGCAUCAAGGGCGUAGACGACCUUUGCUACGUUUCUGUCAUUAAAGAAGCCUUCAUGCGGUCAAAGCCGAAGUGCUCGCUCUUCACGGGCGUGUAGUCCCGUAAAGGUCGUAGGUGGGGUUUCGGACCGUCUGGUCCUCCAGUAACCUCAGCGGAUGAACAUGGAAUGAUACUGUAGUGCCUUUUGUUCUUCUCUGCGGGGGCACUUUGAGAAGGGACAGCACUUUUACCCGUUUCUGAUCCUGCUCUCAGCUCAAAGGGCCGUCUGGAAUAAUGUGUCCCCUGAAGAAUGCUGUAGGAGGAGCGAGCAGCGAAGGGCUAUGUCUGACAGGAAGCCACAGAUUAUGGUAUUAUUUAAAAACAACUCUAAUGGAUCACCUGUAAUCUACUACUGAAUACUCACCCGGCCUCUGUGUUACUGCCAGUUUCGGCAGAAUCAAAUGUGCAAUGAUGAAAGCUGAGGUUCAUCUGCCUUUUCUGUUUUUUUUAGAAAAACUUUUUUGUUCUGGUUUUAACCCCCGCCCCCCCCCACGUCCAGUCAUCUUCACUGAAGGUGUGAUGUCUGUAGCUGGAUCAACACGAGUUGACUCUGUAGAAGCAGAAUCCCACAUUUGCAGUGUUCCAAAAACUCGAGUUUUAUAUUAUUUAUAUUUUUGCUGCAUUAAAAAAAGAAGAGCCACAAACGCGUUGGAGGUGACGUUUCCUGAGUUUACUCAUGAUCUCAACGAAAACGCCCGCUUCUCACACUCAUCCCCGUCUUACCCGUGCUAUGACGAGAAUAAAGGUAGAGCUAUUGUAAAUGUGCAUUUAUAUCAUAAAAUAGCAUACGUGUAAACAUUUCUAAAGGUGUUUUUCCUUGUAUAGACCCCACUACUGUAUAAAAACCCAAAGUUACAUUUUGUUCAGCACAUGUAUGUAAUUGUAUGCUUUUGUUAUACAUUUGUAUAUUGAGAAGUGUUUUGAGUCGAGCUAUUUAAUAUCUUGCACUGUUAAUAACGUGUACUUUUCUGUACAGACAGUUUUAACUAGUUUCAUGUGGAAAACCUGAGGGUUACAGCGUUUUUUCUCAGUUCCUUUAUGUUGUCUUCUACCCUGGCCCAUAGUUUUCCUUUGCCCCGCCCCCUUUAAAUUCCUGUUGGCUUUAGAUUAUUUUACUUUUUGUUUUUCUGUAGUUUUUGCUUGUUGGAGUCGAAUGGUGGUGCUGGAUGCGUACGGUUUUCCGACAUGGAAAACCGUACGCAUCAUAGAUAAAGUAAGGAGCUUAUUGGAAAAAUGCUCAAUAGUAUUUAUUAGGCUGAUCUGAUGAUGGUCAUUGUGUAAUUUAUUGUAAAAAUGUAAGCAAAGCAGAAGCCUCUGUUUGAAAUAAAUGCCAUAGUUUGUGAA